AUGAGCUUCAACAAAAUUCCAUCUUUUCCGGCCACCAUUGUCACCUUUCUCAUUAUAUACCUCCAUGGCCUUUCUGUUUUUCUUGUUGCUGGGGCAUAUUUUAAAAUACAACCCUUUCGCCCCACCACCUUCCAGUGGGGCUUUUCUUCUGGGCUAUAUCCACAAAUUCACCUUUUUAUGAUUUCAGUCAUCAGAAUGGCUACCGCAAGGCUAGCCCCAUGGCUGCUUCUUCUUGUAUGUGUACUUUCUGUGCUCAGAACAGAGAGUGUAGACGUCGUUAACACCAUUGUCACGGAUGCUGUCAAAAAAGGAGCAGUCUGUCUAGAUGGUACUCCUCCAGCAUAUGCUUUGCAUAAAGGAGUUGGAGAUGCUGCCAACAACUGGCUGAUUUACCUAGAGGGCGGAGGAUGGUGUGCUACAGAGGCGGAGUGUGUUUUCCGGACAACCAAGGAUGUUGGUUCCACCAAGAGAUGGGCAGUAGAGAAGAGUAGCCUCAUUGCCAUGUUGAGUGACCAGGAAAGCGAAAAUCCAUAUUUUUACAACUGGACCAGAGUCUAUGUCAGAUACUGCGAUGGAAGUUCAUAUGUAGGAGACCGCGAGAAGCCUUAUGUUGGGAAUAACACUACUGUUUACUUUCGCGGAGCAAGAGUUUUCAAAGCUGUAAUGGAAGACCUCCUCGAAAAAGGACUGAAACAUGCAUCAAACGCUCUCUUAACCGGCUGUUCUGCUGGCGGAUUGGGGGCUCUCCUGCAGUGUGACAAUUUCCGAUCCAUCCUUCCUGAAAAAGCCAAGGUUAAAUGUGCUGCAGAUGCUGGUUUUUUCAUCGACGGGACUGAUAUCUAUGGCGGACACAUGCAUAGAGAACGCUUUGCACAGAUAGUCCAGACACAUGAAUCACAGAAGAAUUUGCCCAAGUCGUGUACAUCAAAGAUGGACGCGAGUUUGUGCAUGCUCCCACAGAACUUUGUUGCUGACAUUAAGACACCACUUUUCGUCGUAAAUUCAGUCUAUGAUACUUGGCAGAUAGAGAACAUCUUGAUGCCAGUGAAGAAGGAUCAGCUUGCCGUCCAUGAUGAAUUCGCUUCGUGUGGUCAUGAUAUAGAGAACUGCACUUGUGAUCAGGUGAAAUUAUGGCGAGGUUUUCAGAGUGAGUUUUAUCAGGCACUGGCGCAACUGAAUAGUUCCUCCAGUAACGGAAUGUUCAUCAAUGCUUGCGCUAGCCACUGUCAAACACAGAAGCAAGAAACUUGGUUUGGAACCAGCACAAUGCCGAAGCUCCGCGACCGUCCUGCUGGUUCUCUGCAGGGAGUUGGAGAGGCUGUCGGAGAAUGGUUUGUUAAUGAUGCUGAAAUGCGAAGGGUGGAUUACAGAACCAAAACCCCUCUGGUUUGUGAAUACAAUCCAGAAGAGCCUCACUGGAACAAUCACUAUACUUUCCGUGGUACAAAUCUAUUUAACCCGGCAUACACUCUGGCCGAUGAGAUUAAGCGCAAGACAAGUUUGAUACCUCGGUGCCCAGCAGAGAUACCUGCUUAUUUUCAGCAGCCCCUACUCUGCAUUGCUGGUCUCUGCUAAAUGAGAUUAGCCAGAAGCCAUUCUUCAAUGCCCGGCAGACAUACCUGUUUACUACGGGGAUGUCUAAAUGUUGUGCAGAUACUGCAUGUUAAAGCACCAGGUCUGUAACUUUGUACUGCGGAUUGACAAACUAUGUAACAGUGUAUACUAAUAAAAAAAAAAGUUCAGGUGAAAAAUUCACAUCCCUUGUUCAUCUAAUAUUAACAUACGAAACAAAGGGGU